UCUAAAGCAAAUGGAUUAGCCUAUAUUAUGAAUCAUUUGCAGAUGAAUCAAAAACCAUAUACUCAGGGACUUCAAGAACCAAACCCAAAUCAAGGGACAAGCAAUAUGAGCUCAACCUAUGAGAAAAAGAGGCAUCUGAAAGCAGCAGCCUUCUUGCUUGGGCUGCUGGCUUCGGCACUGACUCAGCCAUUGGCAAUGGCAAUCGGCAUUGUGCCCAUCCAAAAGUGGCGUGUUCAUGUGGUUAAUAGGCUGAAUAAUGCGACUUUGUUUGUGCAUUGUAAGUCUAAAGAUGACGAUUUGGGAUUCCAUAAUCUAGUUGGUGUUGGCUCUGAGUUUCAAUGGAGUUUCAAGAACAACCUUUGGGCAACAACGUUGUUUUGGUGCUUACUAAGAAAGCCGAAUGCCUACGUGUCUUUUGAAGCGUUUUGGAUUGAGAAGACACAUAUUUGGCUCAAUUAUAGGUGUCAUGGUGGAAACUGCAUUUGGACUGCUAGAGAGGAUGGAGUAUAUUUGAGAAACAAUCCCGAUAGUGUUGAUGAGCGUGUUCAUAAGUGGAAGGUAAAGUCUAUUUGA